GUAGAUUAUAUAUUCAUUAAAAAUAAAUAUUCUUUGGCCUCAAUAUACUAACAGUCAACAGUUCUUAGUUUGAAUUCAGUAAUGAUAAAGCUUAUUGGACACACCUAUAAUUAUAUAUUAUCGUGUUAAGAACUUUCAAACACAAACUGGAUAUCGGCCAAAUGAUAUCAUCUAAUAAAUUAAAAUCGUUCCAGAAAUAGCUUUGAAAAAUACUUUUUGUGUUAUUUUAAAGAAGAUAUUUCUUUUUCUAAAUUCUAAAGUAAAUAUAAAAUCUUUCCAGAAAUUUUUCUUUUAAAAUGUAUAUAUAAGCUUUUAUAUAUAGACUGGUAGUUAAUAAGACAUAAUCUCAUAAAUAAAUGUACUUCUAUUGCUUCUAUUGAGUUGAAGGUUACUUUAUUUCAACAACUGUUAUCAUAAAUUCUUCGUAUGCAAAAUAAGCCAUCAAUAAUUUAUAAGCUGCUAUUAACUGAGUACUUACAUGUGAUUAAAAUGCGUCUGCAAUCUUAAGUUGUUAAUUAUAGUCUACACGUGAAUAAUGUUACAUUUAUUAGUAUCAGACCCUACAGGUAAAUGUUUAAAUGUCUGGCGCAUUUCUGCUUGCUAUAAGAUUGCGAAUUAUGGCAGUAUUCAAUUCGAUGAACUUUCUCAAACGUAAUCUUACUAAACUUAAGAACCUUACUGAUAUUAAAAUCCUCGACGCUGAUAUUAAGAGUUUUUAUCGUUAUCAAUUUAUUUUUGUUAAAAUAGAUCGAAAUGAUAGUGAUCGGUGCCAUAAACAUUAAUGUUUUCUCUUCUUGGCCAAGAAACACUUUUGUAGGACAUUUACUUUAACAAUAAAAUAUAUUAUAAUGUGUUUAUCUAAGGCGAAUAGAAGGUUAAUUGUGAAAAUUAUCGCAAAAUUUGUGUACUUACACAAGCAUAUACAAAAAUGUCAGUUUAAAGAGGUACAGAUGAAUUUGCCUUUGUUCUUUUUAAAUUUGAUUUACCUCAAAUUGUACAGGUACAUAAAAAGAUAAAAUUGUACAUCUUUAUUCUGUAAUCUAAUUCGUCGUUGUGUCAGAUUGCUGCCUAUCAAUUUUCGCAAAAAUCUCAUAAUUGUUAUUAUAUCAAAAAAGCUUGUUGAGUUAAAAUUCUACCCACGCAAUUUUAACAUACUUUUUUCUAGCAAAACUGAUACACAUAUUUCUUAACUAUACCCUUACGAUAAAAUGUUGCAAAUAGAGUUACACUUGUAGAUAUUUUUUUAAAUUAUAGCCCUCAAAAACUUUGAAAUAAACUUUAGACUGGUGGCAAUCUGUCAAUCAGCUGAUAUAUUUGUUAUGUUUUCGUUGUUCUUUUUCUUAUAUAUUAUAAAUUCCAUUAGACCGGUUUUGCUGCUAAAGAAUGCUCAAAAGCUAUGUAACUUCAAUUUGUGUAACCAUUCAGAGAGAGAAUAAGUGGAGAAGAGAAAACUAUCAAAUAGUAAACAAACAGAGAUUGCUAUUAAAAAUACCACAAACUACAGCUUACCUGCCUGAGCUUUCCACUAAAUUAAUCGCAACGACGACUUGAGUUUCACUUCUCAACGAGUAAAGCUUAAGGUCAGACGUUGAUUCAUUGCGUACGAGUGGUGUUUUAUUUUGUAGUGUAAUAUUCUACUGUAAUCUAUUAAGUUUUUUAGAAAACAUAACAUAAAUUAUAAAUAGAAUACGCAAUGUGGAAGCACGUAGUAACGGAAACCAGCAGGCAAUGGGCUACAAUAGGUAAACAUCAGACGCGCUUAUUGCGUUUUGCACCUGCAGCAACUUUCACUUUUGCACAACAACCAAUUGCUCGUAAGCUGACGUCAACGUCAGCAGCAAAGCCAACACCUCCGAAGCACGACUGGAAUCGCGCUGUUAGCGAGGCAGAACGUAUUGUUGGCUAUCCCACUUCAUUCCUCAGUCUACGGUGGCUACUUAGUGAUGAGAUUGCUAAUGUCGCUUUGCAUCUACGAAAAUUAGUCGGUAGCAAUCAUCCUUUACUAAAAACGGCAAAACAUUUGCUUUAUAAUGGCAAAAAUACAAUGCAAGCUUGGGGUCUAAUUGUGUUAUUGAUUUCCAAAGCCGCGGGACAUGCACCCUCAGUACCGGAUAUGGAACAAGAUAAAAGCGCCGGUGUGUUGCACUCUCAACGUGCAUUGGCGGAAGUUACCGAAAUGAUUAGAAUAUCUCAUCUGGUGCACAAUAGUUUGGUAAAUCUACAACCAACAUCCGAAGCUGGAAAGGACACAGCAUCUCAUGAGGAUAUGGCUUUUGGAAACAAAAUUGGAUUAUUAACUGGUGAUUACCUACUUGGUCACUCCAGCGCUGAAUUAGCUAAUUUACGUAAUCAAGAAGUAGUCGAAUUAAUUUCAUCAGCUGUUCGCGAUUUUUCUGAAUCGCAAUUUAUUGGCGACCGUGAUGAACAAAAUAAUCCACUACCUACAAAACCAGGAUCUGAACCGCCUAAAACAAACGGUACAGCAACAACAGAAAGCAUCGAUUUCGACGUCAACGACGUGAUGAUACCUAUGAAUGUGCUGAAAGCUAUGGGUAAUCCCGAAAAAGAAUGGGAAUGUCGGAAUAUAUUAAACGCGGGAAGUCUGCUGGGGAAAGCGUGUCAAGGUGCGUUAAAAUUAGCUGGGCUAGAUGAGGACAUGCAACGGCAAGCAUAUCUUUUUGGUAAACAUUUAUCAUUGGCAUGGCAGGCUUGCUUGGAUGCCGAGCCAUUUCAAAGCACAACACUUCCUUUAGAUACUACAUUUUCAUUGGUAAGCGCGCCGGUUCUCUAUCAUCUCGAAUACGAUCCUUCAUUAUACGAUGAAAUUGAAAAGGGUAAAGUCUCUGUGGAGAAAAUUGACUACGCGAAAAUUCACAAAGCAAUUCUCGAUGGACCAGGAUUGGAAAAGACCAAAGAAUUGCAACGUAAACAUACUACCGCAGCAAUAGGAGUGCUUGAAAAGUUUCCGGCUACUGAUGCCCGUACAGCUCUUGAGAAUAUUAUUCUUGCAAUGCAGGAUUUGUAAUUAAAAGUUAGACUUCUUAAUUACAAUCAAUUUAUUGAGGAUUUGCUUUUAGCACUUUUGUGCAUAGUUUUAUAAUUAUUUUUAAUUGUCUGGUUUGUUGUUUCAUAAUGACUUUUUAUAUUAAGUAAAGCUAAUAAAUACUUAAUUUUAUAAAUAA